AUGGAGCAGCUCAGUAAUAUUCUUUAUGAGUACGCCACAAGUCCCAGCGAGCCCAUAGCGUCAGUAGGAGAGUAUCUAGCCAAUCCUAUUUCUUCUUCUGUAUUAGAGAAAAUCUUUUUGAAUCUCGACACCUUUGCUGCUGAGUACAGCAACAAGGGGGAAGAGUUACUGGCGCGCGAAAUUGUACUCUCGAUCUUGCAGCGAGAUGACUCAUUUCUUAGCACCCCUGCCGGGAUUGAUAGACUAAGAGAUUUAUCUGGCAACUUGCUCUGCGAGAUGUGCAGCCGGCUUCAUCAGUGGGUAACGGAGGAGUCUGCGCUGACGGAAGAAGCACUUACGCUAGCCUCUAACCUCCUUGAGUUGAAGGCUGCAGUGGACACAGAGCUGAUAAAUAUUACUGCAGAAAGGGAUUUAUUGGUCGCAUACACUACUCCAUACGUGCUCGUUCAAAUAUCGUCACGGCUUGAGUUUACAAUCGACGUUCUUAACAAGCUGCUAGCUUUACAAGAGAAACGUGAACGUGUUAUGGCUCACAGGCGGCGUGACGAGUGCACUGCGGCCAUUGAGUUAUCAAAUAUUUAUGCAGAGGAUCUGGUAUCAUUUUCUUUAUUGAUUAAGAUUCCUCUUGACGAACUACAUAGACAUGUACCUCCGCUAGAUCAAAUGUCACACAAUCAGAUCCAGAGUAGCUACUUUGCAGAGCUAAUCGGGGCUUCAGACAAAGGUAUCGAUGUGCUAAUUAAUAUCCUCUCUCGGGGGAUCGCCUUCAUAGAAGUAUCUUCUGUGACAUCUACCUUUCAUAGUUACAUCAUGACAAAGCUCCAGAAUUCGUCUUCAUUUGAAGAUAUCCUCUGGGUAUAUACCUUUGUGCAUCGAGCUGUGCACGAGAAAGCUCUUGAAGUUAUCCGUGUUUCCUUUUUUACUGCUGGUAGCAAAGUAUUUGAAGAAGUAUCCAAGGCAAUGGUCAGAGUUAGAGAUAAGCAGACUUAUGCCACUCUUAGUUGUGCAGACAUUUUCAAAGAGCACAUAAACAAUGCGAUUCUUCUUUUUCUGAUCCAGCACUAUACUAACUUUCUUUUGACACAUUGUUUCUCCCUCUCUGAAGAUGAAGUAGGUGCCUCUACAACAAGACUAUCAAUGGCCAUCAGUACCUGCAUUGAUAAUCUGACUCUUAGUGCAUAUAUGAAGAUGCGCAGCCUUUUUCUGGCUGAUCUCUUCGUCAAUGCAUUUGACACUUAUUACGAGCUUCUCGAGAGUAUGGAGAUGCCAUGGAUUGUACUGUCCACUUUGAGAGGUAAUGGCUUUGAUAGCACUAACAUCCUUUUGGAGCUAUCUCAACAGAGUGGCGGCCCCAAUGAUAUUAGGACACUUGUUGUGCCUAUUCUCCUCAAGCAUAUCAAGAAUGACAGUUGCUACGACCAAAAGGUGCUUGCGUUUCGUUCUAUCUUUGACCCACAGUGGCACUCCUCCUUUCACAAACGAGGGGAGUACUAUAUUCAUAGAUCUAGCGCGACCAGGUCUCUGGUGGAUUGCGUAGUUGUACUUGAGUGUGCAGUAGAUAUUCUUACACAUGAUAAACUGCAGAAGGCAGCCAUGCUUGUAGAUGCAGUUCAACAGCUUGCAUUUCGAAUUCUUCUCUUCCAUAUCUUCAGAGAGUCUAAGAUUCCUUACACAGCAAUGCAAUGCAGUAUCAGGACAAAGUUUCAAACCUAUGCCACCAGCAUCCACCAGCGCUUGACAGAUAGCCUCUUUGUUGACAGUUCUCGGCUAGGGCCUGGCUCAGAGCACAUAUUGUUAGGCUUGCUACGUGAAUACUCAUUAACAAUCUCUAACAUUUUCCAGCACUCCAAGAAGUAUACAUUAUUGACAGAUGCAACGGGCAUAACGCUUCGAGAAAGCUUGGCAGAAACAGUUGAGGAGCUAAACGCGUACUAUCUUCUUCAGAAUAUAAUUCAUAGUAUAUCCGAAAAAUUAUAUCUUGAGACCCAAAUGCCUGCAGCUUAUGACCGUGACAAGCAACAGCAUUCUGAGGACCCCAAGGACUUGUCUGCUACAGAGGAAUUACCACCACCCCAGCCAGUGGAAGAUGGGCAGAUUGCUUGUGAUGAGAGUGAUAUAUUUGCAUCAGAGUCAUGUAACCCCUCUAUGCUUACAUCAACAAGCCAGCCGCUCGCUGACUCCGCCAUGUUAUCCAUAAGGUCUUUGCAAUCUGUUUAUGCUGCUAUUGAGUCGGUGAUACAGAGUAUUAUAGCAAGCGAAUUGAAUAGAAACUUCAAUCUUGUUGAGAUAAUGUACACAACUAUUAAGAAUGCAGCUGGGGAAUAUCGAAAAGAGGCAAAGGUAGACCGAGCAAGUAAAACAGUAUAUUCCAGCAAGCUUAUUUCAACUCUGAAAAAUAAUUUCUAUAACUUACGAUUUGGCGUUUUAGCAACCCAAAGCAGCAUCAGUGUCUCUAGUACUGAUUCUGUUCUCAGCAUAGUUACUCCUCCAACUGGCUCUGUGGGGCGCCCAACUUGUUCCCUUUUUAACUAUCAGUUUUAUAAUGCGUUUGUAAUACAUGCAUGUCAAUGCUUCAUAGCAUCUGCUAGCAGCAUUCCAGUGUACACUGCAUACGGCAGAACGUGUCUAAUGUAUGACUAUUGCAGCCUUCACAGCUUCCUUAACAGCGUCCUUCCAGAUUUUUGCUUACAGAGAGUUGAGAUACAGCAACACUUUGAACUCGUGCGCUCUUACAUAGAUCUCUAUUUUGGAAGUACGGAUGACAUACGCGUCGCUAUCUCCACUAAUAAGUUUGGAGUUGGUCCAUUGUUAGCACUGAUCAGAACGGGGCUGGCUUGUCGCCUGACUUCGGCACAGAUCGACUCUCUAGUUCUUGAGCUACCUAGCUCAUUGCAAGAAAGACAAUCUACUUAA